AGGGAGAGAUAUAGAGAGAGAUAGAGAGAGAGAUCGAGAGAGAGAGAGAGAGGGGGGAGAGAGGGAAAGAGACACAGAGAGGGAGAUAAGGGAGAGAUAUAUAGAGAGAGAGCGCGCGAGCUGCGUGUAGGGAUCGUUGUUUUGGAAGAGAGCCGGAGUUGUAACAGCAGAUAUAUCAUCAUCGUGAUCAUCAUCAUCUAUAAUCCACGAUUCAUCAUUAGCAGCAGUAGCAUAACCAUCAGCAUCUAUAAUAUAUUCUUAUCAUCAUUGCCAUUAGCAUUAAUACACCGUCAUCAUCAUUAUCAUCAGUAACGUAUGAUUCUCUAAUAUUAACAUCAUUUAUAACACAUUCACAUCAUCAUCUCUACCUGUAACGCAUCACAUAAUCAAUAACCCAACAUCAUCACCAUCAUCGUCAUUAACAAAGUAAAUUACUCAUGCAUCAUCAUCUAUAACACAUCAUCAUCAUCAUCUAUAACAUACCAGCAUAAUCUAUAACACAUCAUCAUCAUCUAUAACACAUCACUAUCAUCAUCUAUACCACACCAUCCUCAUUAUCAUCAUCUAUAACAGACCAUCAUCAUUAUCUAUAACACAUCAUCAUCUAUUCUCAACGACACAUCGUACGAUAUUCACGACACAUCGUCGAGUCAUCACCAUCAACUGUCUACCCCCCUCCCCAUGCUACGCCAUCUCUUUCACGAGUGAAUCAACAUGAGGGUCCGACUGAAAACCCUGGCGCUGUGGACUGCGUACACGUGUGCCCUCUUAGUAGCAGUGGCCAACGUGCUGGACAUCAGGCAAGCCAUCGGGCUGGACUGUGCCAGCAGCAGCAGCAAGAGAAUCCGAGGCAUCGAGCCUUGGAAACCUUCCCCGGAGGCCCGACUCGCCGCGGGCACCAACGUGAUUGGUGCCCGCGCGUCGCAAGACGCAGGCGGCGUGGACGCGCCGGGCGGCGAGGCGUUGGAGGCCGUCGGGAAGCAGAAGAAGACGAGAAGCUCCACGCUGGAGCGGAGCGAGCCGAGGACGUUGCGCACCCAGGUGUUCAUCCUGACCACGUGGAGGUCCGGGUCGUCGUUCGUCGGGGAGCUGUUUAAUCAGCACCCCGGCGUGUUCUAUCUCUUCGAGCCCCUCUGGCACGUGUGGCAGGCGCUCUACCCGGGAGACGCCAGGGUCCUGCAGGGGGCGUCGCGGGAUAUGCUCAACUCUCUCUUCAGGUGUGACCUGCAGGUGUUCAACCUGUACGGCAACGGGCAGAACAUGACGAGUCGCGACAUCUUCCGCUCGCCGCUCAACCGCGCGCUCUGCUCCCCGCCGCUGUGCCCGGCGCUGGCGCGGCCCCGCGGGGGAGCGGCGCCAGCGCUGGUGGACGAGCGCGCCUGCUCACGCCUCUGCCCCCCGCGCCCGCUCGCCGACGUGGAGGCUCGCUGCCGCCGCCUGCCGCUCGUCGUCAUCAAGGGAGUGCGGAUCUUCGACCUCGAGCUGCUCGCACCGCUCCUCCAGGAUCCCUCGCUCAAUCUCAAGGUGAUCCACCUGGUCCGAGACCCGCGCGCGGUCGCCAGCUCCCGUCUCAAGUCCAAGCACGGCCUCAUCCGCGAAAGCCUCCAGGUGGUGCGCUCGCUGCGUCGCGACAAGGCCCACCACCACCUCCUCCUGCAGCGCUCCCACCGCCCCCUCGGCUCGCCCGACGACGCCGACCCCGCGCCUCCUCCACCGGCGUCGUCGGGCCGCGAGCGCCGCGCGCCGGGCGGCCCCUCGCACCCCAGCGAGCUCAACGCCCUCGCCGCCAUGGGGCCGAUCUGCGCGUCGACCGAGCGCGCCGUGGGGGCGGCGCUGGCGUCUCCGCCGUGGCUGCGCGGCCGCUACAUGCUGGUGCGCUACGAGGACGUGGUGCGCUCCCCGCUGCGCUCGCUCGGCGCCAUGCACGCCUUCGCGGGCCUGCGCCCCGAGCCGGCCCUCGGCGACUUCGUGCGCCGAAUGGUCGGAGGGGGAGGAGGCGGAAACCGCUCCUCGGCGGCGGGGGGCGGCGAUCCGUUCCGCGUGGGCUCCAUGGACGCGAGGGCGGCGCUGGGCGAGUGGAGGACGCGCCUGGCCGUGCAGCAGGUGCGCCAGGUGGAGGACAACUGCCGGGGGGCCAUGGCACUGCUGGGCUACAUCCCCGUGCCGGCCGGCGCGCGCUCGCUCGGCCAGCCGCUGCUCGCGCCGCUCGACUUCACGUACGCGUGAAGGCGUCGGGAGGCGCGGUGGGGACGUUUGUUGUUGUUGUUGUUGCUGCUGCUGCUGCUGCUGUUGUUGUUGUUGUUGUGGUGCCCGUGCCGUGUGCCGAGUGUUGACGGGUAAGGUAGCGCAUUUGGCUCAGAUGCCCCACGCCGUCUACAUCUCAUCAUCUCAUCAUCGCAUCAUCGCAUCAUCUCAUCCAUCAUCUCAUCAUCUCAUCCAUCAUCUCAUCAUCUCAUCCAUCAUCUCAUCGCAUCAUCUCAUCCAUCAUCUCAUCCAUC